AUGUCCUCUCCACAACGUCGCUUAUCCCAGCUCUCCAGCAUCAUGGCGCCAGCCAAAAACUCCACCAGAGCCAACCUGGUUCCAGUGGCCCCGGCCCAGCCGUACAGGGUCUGUGUGAUCGGCUCAGGUAACUGGGGGACCACCAUCGCCAAGGUGAUUGCCGAAAACACCGCUGCAAAGCCUGAGUUGUUCCAGAACGAGGUCAAGAUGUGGGUCUUUGAAGAGACCAUCAACGGCGAAAAGUUGACCGACAUCAUCAACACCAAGCACCAGAACAUCAAGUACCUCCCAGACAUCACCUUACCGACCAACUUGAUUGCCGACCCGCUGGUGGUGUCCACCGUGGACCAGGCCGACUUGAUCGUGUUCAACAUCCCGCACCAGUUUUUGGCCAACGUCUGCAAGCAGAUCAAGGGCAAGGUCUUGCCAACCGCUAGAGCCGUCUCCUGUCUCAAGGGCUUGGCUGUGUCGCCGGAGGAUGGGUGUCAACUCCUUACCGACUUUGUCGAGGCCCAGUUGGGAAUCCACUGUGGUGCGCUCUCCGGGGCCAACAUCGCGUCCGAGGUUGCCCUCGAAAAGUGGUCUGAAACCACCAUCGGGUACACCCUCCCGGCCGACUUCCGCGGCCCUGGAAAGGACAUUGACGCGGCCAUUUUGAAGGCCACCUUCCACCGUCCGUACUUCCAUGUGCGUGUGGUGGAGGAUGUGCCGGGUGUGUCGAUCCUGGGUGCCUUGAAGAACAUUGUGGCGAUCGCCGUGGGUUUCGUCGAGGGCUCCGGUUGGGGUUCCAAUGCCAAGGCCGCCAUCAUGCGCAUUGGGUUGAUUGAGUCCAUCAAGUUUGUGCGUUUCACCGGCUACGGUGACUGCUCGCAGACCUUCACCUCCGAAUCCGCCGGUGUCGCCGAUUUGAUCACCACCUGCUCCGGGGGCCGUAACGUGAAGAUCGGUCGCCAUAUGGCUGCCACCGGAAAGUCUGCCUGGGAGUGUGAGAAGGAGUUGUUGAACGGACAGUCAUCCCAGGGGAUCAUCACCGCCCAGGAAGUCCAUGAGUUCUUGCUGCACAAGGGCGCCACCGCCGAAUUCCCGUUGUUCGAGGCCACCUACCAGAUCAUCUUUGGAACUGAGAGAAUCGAGAACUUGCCACACUUGUUGGAGGAGAAAUAA